CUCUCUCACUCUCUCAAACGUGUUCCAGCCUCAGACGGAACAUGACCUAGCCCGCCCCCAGUGUGACCCCGCCGUGACCUCGUAUGACCUCGAUAGUGUGACCCGGUGACCUCCAGAACCCCGAUAGUGUGACCUCUUGACCUCAGAGUGUGAUUUUCGAAGUGGAUUUUCUGGGGUUGUUUUAUAAGUGUGAUUUUGUAAGUGGGGGAUUUAUAAGUGAGGAAGGAAGGAAGGAAGGAAGGAAAGAAGGAAAGAAAGGAAGGAAGGAAGGAAGGAAGGAAAAAAAUUAUUAUAAGUGAAAAUAUUUACUUAAGAGAAAGAAAUAAAAGUGUAAAGUAGAAAUUCUGACCUCAUUUUUUUAAGUAAGACGAAAAAUACUUAUAAUUGAAAACAUUAUAAGUAGUGGCCGGAAAAAUGUUAAGUAUGACCUCCUGGAUUUAAGUAAACAUUGUAAGUGGACCCCCAAAAAUUGCUGGCAGAAUGACUACCUUAGCGAGACGCAAUUCCUCGAUACAUAAGAUACGGGAGUACCAGCUGGAGAAGGUGAAGCUGGAGGAUCAGUACGAGGUCAUACAAGUCCUACAGGAGGGAUGGCUUGGGCGUCUCCUAUUGGUCGAGCACAGACGGACGGGAAACGAGGUCGUCCUGAAGGCUAUCCACAAAACCUCAUCCAGUAGACUCGACUUCUUCAGGGAGUUUCAUUAUAAUUACUAUUUGAGCCCUCAUCUGAAUAUCCUCAACGCCUAUGAUGUGGCUUUUGAAACAGAUGAGUAUUACGUGUUUGCCCAGGAGUACGCGCCCCUGGGGGACCUGACAACGAACCUCAGCGAUGUUGGUCUGGGGGAAAUUAACACCAAGCGGAUAGCGAGGCAGUUGGCGUCAGCGCUGGACUUCAUGCAUUCUAAAGAGCUCGUCCACCGCGACCUCAACAUGGAUAACAUUCUGGUGUUCAAGAGUGAUUUUAGUCAUGUCAAGGUGUGUGACUUCGGCGCCACGCGCAAGAAGGGGACGCUGCUGAAGAAGAGGACGGUGUGGCUGCCGUACGCCCCGCCGGAGAUCGUGGACGCCGUGCAGAACGAGGGAUUCCACGCCGACCCCGCCCAGGACGUGUGGCAGCUGGGCGUGCUGGUGUACGUGCUGCUGACGGGUCGGCUGCCGUGGCAGAAGGCGUGCGUCACGGACCCGCACUACAGCGAGUACCUCAGCUGGCGGAAGCGCCGCAGCCUCCGCACGCCCAAGCGGUUCGCUAACUUCACGUCGCGGCUGCUGCGGCUGCUGAAGCGGCUGCUGGAGCCCAAGGCGGAGAAGCGCGCGGCGGCCAAGGAGGUGGUGAAGUACCUGGAGGACCGCUGGCUGGUGCGGGGCGGGCGGGGCCGCGGGGGCCAGGACGGCGGCGAGGCGGACGGCCAGAGCGUCUGCUACUCGUCCUUCUCGGCGCACUCGUGCCCCAAGGAGAAGGACCGCCUGCUGGGGCCGCUCAAGGCGCGCGGCAUCGAGACCACCGUGGACCGCCUCGCCAAGCGCCAGCGCAUCCACGAGUGGCUGGAGCGGUCCGCCGCCACGGCCUGCGCCGCCCACGGCCCCGCGCCCGCCCCGCCCGUGCCGCUGCUGCCCCGCGGGGAGGUCACGAGACACCCGCAGCCUGCGCAGGUACCCGCCGCCGCCGCCGCCACGCAGGACACCACGGAGGCCGCCGCCGCCGCUGCCGCCGCCCGCCGCCUGCAGUACGAGCAGGUGGCGGCGCUGGCGGUGCGGGCGGCGGCGGCGGCGGCGGCGCGGGGCGACAAGCUGCCCAGGGACGCCAACCACAACACCCGCGCCCCCCUGGCCCAGGCCGAGGAUGAGAGCCCCGGGGCACGCGAGGCCCCCUGGGUGCCGCUGCAGAGGAGCAGGACCGACUCGUACCUGCUGGGGGGGUCGCCGCGCCCCCCCCGACACGACCACUCCCGGGGGGCCUCCCUGGACACCGACGACUCCGAGGACGACGACCCCCGACCCCCACGGCAACCCCUGAAGCCCCUGCCCCCCCUGACGCUGCCCCGCCCCACCCCCGCACGCUGAGGGGGGCGCACACACACACGCACACACACACACACACACGUACACACACACA